AUGGCGUCCGGACCCCCCGCGAUGGAGCACCUGCUGGCCGAGUCAGGCGGUGGAUCACUUCCUUUGCCGGUGGAAACAAACCAGGGCCCGCUCCUCUGUGUGGAUACGCGAGGUUGCUGCUUAAAAUGUAUCCGGAGAUGUUGUCGGGUCCUCUUAAAUAAAAAAAAAUUGAACACAUUAGUGAACAUAUUUUCACAAAUUCCUCAAAAUGCGUGCGUCAUUGCGCACACAGUUGGCUCCCUGUGGCCUCUGAGCACUGUGCGCCCUGUUGCUGAGAGCCCCCCCGAUGACCCAGUCCCUGUCGGGGUGGAUGUCGUGGACAGACUUCAGGAGGCUGAGCCUCAGGGUGGUAAUGUAGAGUGUGAGCAGCACCUCCCACCUUUCCCUGCAUACUACCCUGCUCCCUAUCCUGUUCCCUACCCUGUUCCCUACCCUGCUUAUGCUUAUCCCUACGCUCCUUACCCCUACCUCUAUGCUCCUCUUGCUUUUCCUGGUGCUGCUCCCCAUCCUUUUGCUGCUCCCUAUGCUUUUCCUUCUACUUUCCCUCACACUGACCCUCCUGCUGCUCCUCAUCCUUCGGCUGCUUCUGCUGAUGCUGCUCCUGCUGUCCCUCCUGCUGAGCCUCAUCUUAAUCGCUAUGGUGAAUCCAUUGAUGACGCUGUUGAGGCUAUUCUUGCUAGGAACAGGUACGUCGAACCUGAAGAGGACGGGGAGCCUGAGAUCGAUGUCGUUGGACUUGACGAGGAGGUCGAGGUUCCUGGCAUCAGCUCCUCCAGGAAGAGGACCAGAGACGACAGCGCUGGGGAGGAGUCUGAUGCGAAGAGGUGGAGGUGAGCUGAAGAGAGCGACUGGAUGAGCUGAAUAUCAGCUGCUGCUCUUCACCACAGACGAAAAAAAAGUGAGUAUGAAUUUCUGAGUGAGAAAAAAGUAACUCAGAAUAAGAUUUAAUAUAAAGACAUGUAAUUAAUGUGCAGGAGCCUGUUUAUCUAUAUAUAACUUGUUAAAUAAUAACUACUGACCAUUAUUUAUUUCCUCUCUUACUUGACCACCUGAGCUGCUGCUGUUCACUGUGGACAAAGAAGGUCAGUGUGAGCUCACUUUUUUGUUUCUUUAAAAAAAAUUAUUUUACUAAGAUAUUUUUGUUUUAUUGACCAUUUUUGACUUUACUCUUAUCUUUCUCCACCACCUGAGCUGCUGCUGCUGUUCACUGUGGACUAAAAGUCUGCAGGAUUAUGUGCAGCUCCAACGUUCACACAGGAAGCAGCAAAGAAGGAAGACCCAGACUCAGUGUUCCUGCAGCACAUCCACAGUUACCUCGACAUGACUGCUGGAGAGAAGUGGUCGUCUGUGUUUCAGUCCACUAAGGCAGACUCCUCUUGUGUCCAGGGGCUCCUGAGAGUGGAUGUGAACCAAACCACACAAAGCCGUCCACUGAGCACUCUGUCACACUCAUUUCUAAACUUCACUGGUUUACUGUUGAAUAAAAUCAACUCUCAG